AUGGCGUCUGAUAGGCAAGUCUUGCGCGCGGCGCAGAACAAGGUCAGUGGCGACUGGCUGGAGAUCAAUUUUCACCUGCCGGGAACCAUUUGGCAACUCAAGUGCAAGAUUGCUUCAACUUUGCCUGACAGAUCCCUGGACAAUGCAGACACGGGAGUAAUCCUCUGGAAAGUGCUAGUUGGCCGACCCGAAGAGGAGAUCGAAGAGAUCCAAGAUCUGCAAGAGGAGAUCACCCUUGGCCACCGCUAUUUGUUUGUGCUGCGCCUUCGGGAAAAACUUGACGUGUGGCUGGACAUGAAGCAGUGCAGCCUCUCAAGAAGGGGGUACGAAGGGAAUGCCCCCGACUACGAGUUUUCGUACGUGGUUCACCAUGAGGAUCUGCCGGUGCUUCAGACUUUCGAUGACUUUGCUGAUGCUGUUUUCAAGCAAAUGGAAACUGAGGGAUACUACCUCCGUCACACGGAAGACGAGACGAAUUGCCUUGUGAGGUUUAACUUGGAUCGCUGUGAGUUUGAACCGAAGCGGGCGCUGGUGUCCUUCUCUGGCAGAGACCAGGUGCAGGAGAUCGUAGUUUACUGCGAUGGGGAGAGCUUUUGGCUCUGA